CCCCCACUCCCCUCCUCCCUCGGCGGAAACAUCCCACUCCCCGGGCCACCACCACCUGCCUGCCCGUGCCCACUGCCCAGCGCGCACCAUCCCCGCCUCUUCUCCCCAGCUACCGCGCCCCCCCUCCGGCCCUCCCUCUUCUUCCCUGUCUGCUCGACCAGCAGGGGCUCAGCUACCUGGGCCUGGCUAUUCGCUCCGCUCUCCGAGUACGGUAGCCUCAGCAGCUGGAGGAUCUCGCCUGGGCGCCCGCCGGACGACGGGAGAGAUUCUGUUUGAUCUUCAUAAACUACUCCUAGACAACUAGAAGACAUAUUCACACAUAUCAGCAAUCAAAUUGCAAACUACGAAUUGACUUCAAAUUUGACAUGCUUGUCUUACCAGAAGCAAUUGAUAACUUGGAGUUGUAGUCUACCGGACUCUCUAGUGAACCAGUAUGGCUGACACUCCAACUUCCCGCAUGGUGCACCCCUUUGGCGACGUCCCAAGGCAGACUCCCAAGCAGUUCCUGUAUUCUGGUAACUCACAGCACCUCUGUUAUCCAUACCAGUCAGCUUCGGACACCCAUGUCGUGCCGCAGCGUCAUUGCACCAUGAGGUCUCAUUCACCAGAUGCUGGCUCUGAAGACCAUGAUAAUCACAAGCAGUACACACUGGACUCCUCAGCAACUUCUGGUUGUUCAAGGCAUGAUUCUCCCUCCAGUCAAAGUGUCCAUGCUGGGAGUGGCAGCCCUGUAUCUCUUGAAGACAGCCACUCUGGCUCUACAAAUGGCAAUGGAUCACCUGUGAGUGCAUCGUGUGUCACUGAGGACCCUACUGAUCUCAAGCAGAAACUGAAGGAUCUUGAGGCUGCAAUGCUGGGUACAGACCCAGAGAUCGUCAACAGUCUCGAGAUCUCCAUAGCAGACCAACUUUCGUUGGAGCCCGAGGAGUGGAAGCACAUGAUGAGCAUGCCCGGAGGGAACCUGAAGGAGCUGCUGAUUGCCUGCGCUAGAGCGGUGGAAUAUAACAACAGCUACGCCAUUGAUCUGAUGAUCCCAGAGCUGAGGAAGAAGGUUUCAGUGUCUGGUGAACCACUUGAGAGGCUGGGAGCCUACAUGGUGGAAGGUCUUGUUGCCAGGCUCGCCGCCUCUGGCAGCUCAAUCUACAAAGCUUUGAAGUGUAAGGAGCCCAGGAGUUCUGAUCUCCUCUCCUACAUGCACUUCCUGUAUGAGGCCUGCCCCUACUUCAAGUUCGGCUACAUGUCAGCGAACGGCGCAAUCGCAGAGGCUGUCAAGGGAGAAGACAGGAUCCAUAUCAUUGACUUCCACAUCGCUCAAGGGGCUCAGUGGAUCUCUCUCCUUCAAGCCCUUGCAGCCAGGCCUGGCGGGCCACCGUUCGUGAGGAUCACCGGCAUUGAUGAUUCAGUCUCAGCUUACGCCCGAGGCGGUGGUCUGGAGUUGGUUGGCAGGAGGCUGUCACACAUUGCUGGCCUCUACAAGGUGCCAUUUCAGUUCGACGCAGUCGCUAUCUCCAGCAGCGAAGUGGAGGAGGGGCAUCUCGGCAUCGUCCCUGGCGAAGCCGUCGCUGUCAACUUCACCCUGGAGCUGCACCACAUCCCCGACGAGACCGUGAGCACGGCGAACCACCGAGAUCGGAUCCUGAGGCUGGUGAAGGGCCUGUCGCCCAAGGUGCUCACGCUGGUGGAGCAGGAGUCCAACACCAACACGGCCCCCUUCGCGCAGCGGUUCGCGGAGACGCUGGACUACUAUACUGCCAUCUUCGAGUCCAUCGACCUGGCGCUGCCGAGGGACGACAGGGAGCGGAUCAACAUCGAGCAGCACUGCUUGGCUCGGGAGAUCGUGAACCUGGUGGCCUGCGAGGGCGAGGAACGGGUGGAACGGCACGAGGUGUUCGGCAAGUGGAAGGCGCGGCUGAUGAUGGCCGGGUUCAGGCCGUCCCCGCUCAGCGCGCUGGUCAACGCCACCAUCAAGACGCUGCUGCAGAGCUACUCGCCGGACUACAAGCUCGCCGAGAGGGACGGCGUGCUCUACCUCGGGUGGAAGAACAGGCCCCUGAUUGUCUCGUCGGCAUGGCACUAGACAUUAGUGUUGACUUCAGAGAAUGUUGAUCUGAUGGGAGAAUGUUUCUUGUAACUUUCUAAGAACCUCGUAGUAGUUUAGAUAUGUUUGGCUGAGCACUAAAACUAUAUAUAGGAAGCCUGUAGUGAUACUGAGUCGGAGUAGAACACCUAUAGCCUGAUGCUGUGAUGGCAGUCACUACCAGCCUGAUAAUGUGUAGUAGUAAGUUUGGGUAUAUGUUUCAGUUAAUCAGUUUUGCUUUGAAAA